AUGAGCGGGAAAGGGCAGGCCAAGCAGACCAAGCAGCGAAGCAUCAGCGCGUUCUUCAAAACAUCAUCUGGAAAUAUUCCUGGGCCCUCCAGUCAACCUGCUGAUGAGGCUCCAAGGCAGGGGCCUGGCCAUGAUGAUGUCCCAGGACGGCCCCCAGCGAAAAGGCGCCGCGUUAGCGAUUUAAAUGCCAGCAAGCCAAUUGCCGGUCGUGAUGCAGCCGGCAGCGCUGCUCUUUCCAAGAAGCGUAGCGGGGCUGCACGGUCUCGUCCGCAAGCCGAGACCUCGGAGAUGAUGGAUGUCGACCGUGCUGGCGCAGAGCCUGUAAUCGACUUGCUCGAGGCCUCAACGUCUUCUGAUCACGAUAACGGUCAGCAGCUGGGCGAUGGCACUCCCACACCCCUGCUGGCUGCCCUGGACAACGCCGGACAGGGCGCUUCCACCGGCGGCAGCGGCAGCGGGCUACGGAGGCUCCUGGCUGCGCGGCGACAACGCUCCUCGUGCGCUGCCGGCACUCCGGCCGUAACCCCGCGCACUGGGGAGAAAAGUGGAGGCGCAGGAGGGGCAGCGGCAGCGGCGCGUAGCGACGGAAACGAGGCAGCAGCAUUCCAGCCGAAGACGAUGACACCGCAGCAGCGGGAGCUUGUACGACACAAACUUGCACAGGAGUACGGCCGCCGGGUGGGGUUGGAGUCUGGGGCUGCCGCUGCCGCUUUGGGUGGCGGCGGCGGCGGUGGCGGCGGUGGCGGCGCUAAGCUAACCCCCCUGGAGCAGCAGGUUGUGGAGCUCAGGGCCCAGAACCCGGGCACAUUGCUCAUCGUGGAGGUCGGCUACAAAAUGAGGUUCUUCGGAGAGGAUGCGGAGGUCGCCGCAAGGGUUUGCAAUCUUCGGUGCUUUGGAAUGUACGGCUGUUUAUUCGACUUUUUCACCGUGCGUUGGUCCCACAUGGAUCACAACUUCCUGACCGCCUCCUUCCCCGUCUACCGCCUGCCUGUGUACGUGAGGAGGCUGUGCAGGGCGGGGUACAGGGUGGGGGUGGUACGGCAGACGGAGACUGCCGCCAUCAAGGCCGCCGGGGCGAACAAGUCGGCUCCCUUCGAGCGGCGCCUGACCGCACUGUACACUGCGGCGACGCUGGAGGCGGCCCGGCGAGCUGAUAAGAUUG